AUGGCUGGAGCCACAAACUGGCUUACGUUUUCGUUGACUCCCAUGGAAAUGCUGAGAUCCUCAGACUCACAGUUUGUUCCAUACGAUACUCCCUCUCACUGCUUCGUCGAUAACUUCUAUGCCAACAAUGGGUGGACAAAUUCUAAGUCUGAAAUGGUGAACCAAAACCAGGCACAGAGUUUAUCUGAUCCAACGACUCUCCCUAGCUUGAUGGCUUCACAGAAUGAAAACCAAUCACUUGCUGUGCCGAAAAUUGAAGAUUUUUUCGAUAACCAAACAGAUACUCAAGAUUCUUCGCUGACCCAAAUUUACGAUCAUGGCACUGCCUCCGCUGCUUACUUCAGUGACCAGCAAGAUCUGAAGGCGAUUGCUGGAUUUCAAGCUCUCUCUGCCACCAACUCGGGCUCCGAGUUGGAUGACUCAGCCUCUAACAAGACUCGGGGUGCACCCGGCGAGUUAGGUGCAAACUCGGUUGAAUCUUCCAAGGGAGCUUUGUCAGCACGCGACGGUUCUAAAGAUAAAGCCAUCGUUGGGGUGGAAUUUGAUAACCCGAAGAAGGUUGCUCAUACCUUCGGCCAGCGAACUUCAAUAUACAGAGGUGUCACGAGACACCGAUGGACGGGUAGAUAUGAAGCGCAUCUAUGGGAUAACAGCUGUAGACGGGAGGGUCAGGUCAGGAAAGGGCGUCAAGUGUAUUUGGGUGGUUAUGACAAGGAAGAGAAGGCCGCAAUAGCUUAUGAUUUGGCAGCUCUUAAGUACUGGGGACCAACAGCUACAACUAACUUUCCCGUUUCCAAAUAUUCAAAGGAAUUGGAGGAGAUGAAAAGUACAGGAAAACAAGAAUUUAUUGCAUCGCUGAGAAGGAAAAGUAGCGGUUUUUCGAGGGGAGCUUCGGUAUACAGGGGUGUUACAAGGCAUCAUCAACAGGGUAGAUGGCAAGCAAGAAUUGGUCGAGUUGCGGGAAACAAAGAUCUAUACUUGGGAACAUUCGCAACUGAAGAGGAAGCAGCAGAGGCAUAUGAUAUUGCAGCCAUAAAGUUUAGAGGUGCAAGCGCUGUGACCAAUUUUGAGAUGAGUAGAUAUGACGUGGAAGCAAUAUUGAAGAACUCUCUACCAGUUGGUGGGGCGUCAAAACGCUUGAAACUUUCCCAUGAAUCAGAGAAUAAAGCUCCAAUGAGUGGUACUCAACAACCUCAGUGUUCAAAAGUGAGUAGCAGCAUCAAUUUCUCAACCAUUCAGCCAGUUGCUUCUAUUCCCUAUGAUUCUGCGACUACAUAUUACCCCCACAACCUCUUCCCCCAUUUUUAUCCUACCAACAGUGGAAUUAGCACAGUAGAGUCUGCAGCAACUAUGACCAACGCCACCACACUGACUACUCUUCCAGCACCGCCUGAGUUCUUUAUAUGGCCUCAUCAGCCUUAUUGA